AUGGAAAAUAUAUCCUAUUAUACAAUAUUCUCUCUCUCAAAACCCAAAGCUUCAGGGCCUGUUAAACAUAUUUAUUUUUAUUUAACGUUUAUUCUCUAUCUUUUGAUCAUCAUAUUCAAUUUGAUACUGGUCGUUACUAUCCUCCUAGAAAAAACUCUCCACGAACCCAUGUAUAUCUUCCUGUCUAAUCUAUGUGUUAAUGGACUGUAUGGAACAGCUGGAUUCUACCCGAAAUUCCUAUUUGAUUUAUAUUCUGAUUCUUUUCAAAUUUCAUACAGUUCAUGUUCCUUGCAAGCUUUUGUGAUUUACUCCUCCGUGCUGUGUGAAUUUGCAACAUUAACAGUUAUGGCUUAUGACAGGUACAUUGCAAUUUGCAGGCCUUUAAACUAUCACUCAAUCAUGACAAAUACCUUUCUAUUAAAAUUGCUUCUAUUUUCCUGGCUUUUCCCUGCUUUUUCAAUGGCUGGAGGACUAGUGAUGACUAACAGUAUGCCAUUAUGUGGAUCCCAUAUUGAUAAACUUUAUUGUGAUAACUGGUCUAUAGUGAAGCUGUCAUGUAAAUCCACUACCAGUAAUAACAUUUAUGGGACGAUUAUUAUCUUCAUAUAUUUUAUGAUGGUACUUUUCAUAAUUUGUUCCUAUUGCAAGUUGAUUUCUAGUUGUAUAAAGACUACAGAGAGCAAAAACAAGUUUAUGCAAACCUGUGUGCCACAUUUGCUUUCCUUAAUCAAUUUCACAUUUGCUUUACUUUUCGAUACAAUGUACAGUCGAUAUGGAUCAAGAGAUUUCUCACAGGGUCUAUACAACUUCAUGAGCUUAGAGUUUCUGAUAAUCCCACCUGUUUUCAAUCCUUUUAUUUAUGGUUUAAAAUUGACUGAGGUUCGUAAAAGAGCCCUGAGAGUGUUUUUAGCUAUGAAAGUGACUAACUUGCAUAAAUAA